AGGUUCCUCUGCACAGCAGCAGAAGAGGAAGAGGAAGAAGCAUGUACAGACUGUUGGCUGGCAUCAACCUUGCGGGGAUGGUGGCCGUCCUCUUCUACAGGGUGACCAACAUUCCCCAUGACACCUUGAGCCUAAAGCUUCUGUGGGCAGCCAUGACACUCUCGGAGCUGUGGUUUGUUCUAUAUUGGAUCAUCAAUCAGGCCGUCCGGUGGGAUCCCAUCUACCGAUCCACCUUCAAGGAUCGACUCUCACUCAGGUUCGAAGAGGAACUGCCCGGGGUGGACGCGUUCGUGUGCACUGCAGAUCCAUGGAAGGAGCCACCGUUGCUCGUCAUCGGCACGGUGCUGUCUCUCAUGGCCUACGACUACCCGCCGGAGAAGCUUAGCGUAUAUCUUUCUGACGACGGCGGCUCCGACUUGACGUUGUACGCUCUCCUGGAAGCUUCCGCCUAUUCCAAGCACUGGCUGCCCUUCUGCCGGAAGUUUAAGAUCGAGCCCAGGUCACCGGCUGCAUUCUUCUCCACCAAUCCCGAUCCGCCCCUCACCUCUUCGCAGGAGUGGUCGACCAUGAAGAGCUUGUACGAUGGCAUGGCGAAUCGUAUUGAAGGUGCAGUCAGUCUAGGCAGAGUUCCACCAGAGAUUCGUGAAGAACACCAAAGACUUUUCUCUGACUGGAAUCCAGCCACAAACUCACGGGAUCAUCCAGCGAUUCUCAAGAUACUGAUUGGUGGUGGAGACUCAAAGGCAGUAGACAAUAAUGGGUGGCCAUUGCCAACCCUGGUGUAUUUGGCUCGGGAGAAGAGGCCUGGCUACGCUCAUAAUUUCAAGGCUGGAGCCAUGAAUGCACUUUUAAGGGUAUCAUCAGAGAUAAGCAGUGCUCCCAUAAUACUCAAUGUGGACUGUGACAUGUAUUCAAAUGAUUCACAAUCAGUAAGGGAUGCAUUGUGCUUCUUCAUGGAUGAAAAGACGGGACGCCAAGUAGCAUUUGUUCAAUUCCCUCAGCGCUUCAACAAUGUCACCAAGAAUGAUAUUUAUGAUACUUCCAUACUAAUCUACAAUGGGGUAAAUGCACAUGGAUUUGAUCGAUUUGAGGGAACAGCAUAUGUUGGAAGUGGAUGCUUCCACAGGAGAGAGAUUCUCAUGGGAAGAAAAUAUAGUGAUGAUUUCAAAGGAGAUCUGAACGGGAGAAUAUGGAGGAAGCCUUUGGAAAAUCUUGACAUAUUGGAAGAAAGAGGAAAAUUUGUUGCUAGUUGUGCCAGUGAAGAGAACACUAUGUGGGGAACAGAGAUGGGAUUGAUAUAUGGGUCUCCUGUAGAGGAUGUGAUCACUGGGCUUGCAAUACAGUGCAGGGGGUGGAGAUCUGUUAAUUUCAAUCCAAAAAGGGCUGCUUUCAUAGGGGUCGCCCCGGCUACCUUGAAUGACACCUUAAUUCAAAGAAAAAGGUGGUGUGAAGGAACCUUUCAAAUUUUCCUCUCCAGAUACUGCCCUUUUGUAUAUGGGAAGGGGAAGAUAAGCCUUGGCCUUCAGAUGUGCUAUAGCAUCUACGCCCUCUGGGCUCCCAAUUCCUUGCCAGCGCUAUAUUAUGCGUUUGCACCCUCACUCUGCCUCCUACAUGACAUUUCCUUGUUUCCUAAGAUAUCUGCUCCCUGGUCCAUACCUUUUCUGUAUGUAAGCAUAAGUACUUAUGUGUACAAUCUGGUGGAGGUUCUGCUUUUGGGAGGCACAUUUAAGAUAUGGUGGAACGGACAACGGAUGUGGAUGAUCAGAAGAGUAACUUCCUACUUCUUUGCAUUCCUUGACUCGAUGUUGAAGCUUGUAGGCAUGGGAGAGAUGAAAUUCACAGUAACAUCAAAGGUUGUUGAUGCGGAUGCAACUGCUCGAUAUGAGAACGAAAUCAUGGAGUUUGGAAUUGCGUCUCCCAUGUUCAUAGUGAUGACGACAGUUGCAGUCCACAAUCUAGUGUGUUUGACAGCCCUAGUUUUUAAAGUGGUUGUGAACGGAAUCAAAGUUCUGGAUGCCUUGUUUUUCCAAGCAACUUUGUGUGGAUUCAUAGUGCUCCUCAGCCUCCCCAUCUACGAAGCAGCAUUCCUCCGUACGGACAAAGGGAGGUUACCAACAUCAGUUGCCUUUAUCUCAGUCGCGUUAACAUUGGCUAUAUCGUUCUUAGCGCUCCGCUAG